AUGCGGGACAGGCUGAGGGAGCAUCCGCUGCUGGGGGAUGAAAGCCGGGUGCUGCUGCUGACAUGCCACGGCAGCAUGCCCAUCGAAGAGCAGGUGCGUGUGAGAUGGGCUGAGAAGUUGAUCUUCAUCCCGCCACCCCCAGGAAUCACCAACCAAGAAGCUCAUACUCAACCCCCUCCUCCCGGCAUCACCACCAAGGUCAUCGUAGCCAUCAGCAUGGCGGAAACCUCCAUCACCAUCAACGACGCCGUCACACAUUCAUUCCCCUAUCUUCGCCCCUUUCCUCCCCUAUCCAACUUUCCCAAGCAGAAGCUAAUAUUCAACCCGCCACCCGCAGGGGUGACCAAGGUCAUUCUAGCAACCAACAUGGCGGAAACCUCCAUCACCAUCAACGACGUUGCCCUGGUCAUCGACACAGGAAAGGCCAAGGAAACUUCCUACGACGCAGUCAACAACGUGCCGUGUCUCCUCCCCCAGUGGGUCUCCAAGGCGUCUGUGAAGCAGAGGCGGGGGCGCGCGGGGAGAGUGCGGCCGGGCGUGUGUUUCCACCUGUAUCCGCGCCCGCUGUUUGCUGCUCUGCCGGACUAUGGCCAGCCGGAGCUGCUGAGGGCGCCGCUGCACUCGCUGUGCCUGCAGAUCAAGACUCUCGGCCUGGGGAACAUCGGGGAGUUCCUGGGGAAAGCCAUACAGCCGCCAGAGCCGCUAGCUCCGGAGCUGCUGCGGGCCAAUGCAAUAGAGCUGCUGCGGGCCAAUGCAAUAGAGCUGCUGCGGGCCAAUGCAAUAGAGCUGCUGCGGGCCAAUGCAAUAGAGCUGCUGCGGGCCAAUGCAAUAGAGCUGCUGCGGGCCAAUGCAAUAGAGCUGCUGCGGGCCAAUGCAAUAGAGCUGCUGCGGGCCAAUGCAAUAGAGCUGCUGGAGGAUGGGGGGGGGGGUGGACGGGGCGUUGGAGAAGGAUUAGUGGACAAUGCCAUAGAGCUGCUGGAGGAUGUGGGGGCGCUGGACAAGGAUGAGACCUCACACCGCUUGGUACGCAUGCAUGGCGUGGCAUGA